AACCCUGCCGACUCUUACGUCAUCCCGGCCUGUCAAACAAAAUUCUCGACAACCGAGCGUUUCUUCGUCAUUCAACCCCAGUUUUUGAGAGUCUUCAUUCCGUGGUUUUUCUUGUGAUUUUCGUGGAAAAAGCCGCCAAAAUGGUCACACACAUCAAAGACAAGAAUGACUUGGACUCCAAACUGAGUGAUGCCGGAGACCAGUUGGUGGUCAUCGACUUCUUUGCCACCUGGUGUGGACCCUGUCGAAUGAUCAGCCCCAAAUUGGAAGAGCUCGCUAAAGAGUACAGCAAUGUUCACAUCUUAAAGAUUGAUGUGGAUGAAUGUGAAGAACUCGCCAUGGAGUACAAAAUCUCCUCCAUGCCCACCUUCGUGUUCAUCAAGAACAAACAGGUGAUCAUGACCUUCUCCGGAGCCAACUACGAUAAACUGAAGGCCGCCAUCUUGGAGAACCAAUAGAGAUUUUCUUCUUGUGUAAUUUUUUUUUUGUAAUUUUAUUACUUAACGCACCACCCCUCGAUGGUUUCCGCUUUACCAUAAAUUAUUAAUGGAACAUCACACACACACACACACCAUAAAAUUCCCAUCGAGGUCUGGAAUUGUUCAUUUAAAUUUAAUAUUUGUGUAAGAUUUUGUUUAUUAUAGCAUGAACCAGUGCAGUUUUUAUAUUGUUUAUUAUCCUUUUACCUCUACUUGAUAAUCAUCCGUUCGGAAUUAUGAUGUAUGUUACUCACAAAUUGUAAGACAAUUUAUCUAUUAUAUUAAAUUAAAUUUAAAAAAAUAUGUGACAGUAUGUAGUGCCUAAACUUGUAUUUUGUACACUCGUGUUGCAACUUGCUUGCUUUGAAGAUAUUUUUAUCGUAUCUAUUAAAAGUUCCGAUUACCAAAU